AUGAUGGGCAGCAAGAUGGCAUCUGCCAGCAGGGUUGUUCAGGUAGUCAAGCCACAUACUCCAUUAAUAAGGUUCUCUGACAGAAACGACAAUCCUAAACCUAACGUAUCAGAAGUUUUGAGAUCACAAAUCACAGGACUACUGUCUCACUCUUCUUCAAUUUCACAGGGUUCUAAGGGAAGUAAAUCCCCAGAUUUGCUGAUGCAUCAGGGUCCAUCAGACACUGCAGAAAUAAUAAAAACAUUACGUCAGAGAUACAGAAGGAAACUUGUAUCUCAAGAAGAAAUUGAAUUUGGGCAGGAGCUAGGGAUCAACAUCAUCGUCAACAACAGUCCUAAUUUUAUAGAUGAAGGGAAAACAUUCAGACAUCAGGCAGCUGGCCCAAGAUCUCUCAGCUGGAGCUGGACCAGAUUUGGCAUCUAG